CAUUAAUCUUCCAUCUCAAAACAUCAUGCAUCUCCCCUCAGUCUUAACCCUAAUCGCCGGCCUUCCAGCCGCCAUGGCCGCCGCCAUAUCGAAACCUGAGCAUGAACCCAAAGCAAUUUUCAAAAGAGGCGACUAUUGCUAUAACACGAACAGCAAUAACAGCGGCUGGCGAUCCAUUCCUUCGCAGGACAUUCAAGGACUGAUUGAUCAACUUUACAAGAUUGGCGAUAACACAUUCCUUCUCCAUUUCCAAACCAGCGGCCAGCAAUGGAUGUUUGAAUAUACAUGGGGCCAGGCCAAGAUCUGUAUAGCGAAUGAGUACUGGGCCGCCCAGAAUACUCACCUCAAGAUGAGCGAGGCAGCUUGGGUUGUCGGCUAUAUUCGUGACAAGUGCAGCUCACACAUCGGUGACGCAAUCUGUCACGGCGACACUGGUCUGAAUCUCCAGGCUAUGCUUCGCCAUGUUAAGGACUCUUGCGCCCAUGCGUAAAAGUUCCUUGGCGCCGAAUGACGAUGUAUCUUCUUCACAAACACAUAGCUAUUUCACAAAUACAUAUAUAGCAUUGCAGUCUAUCUCCUCUUUGCGGAGGACGAAGAAUUUGAU